AUGACAAACCCAGCAACAGCAAGUGGGCAUCCUCCUUCACCGGUUACUCAAACACCGGAAGUCUCAAAAGAAGUGCUGAAUCCGGCGCCCAUCUCUACCAUCGAGCACUCCGCCGACUCACCGGACGAAAAUCCGGCAAAGCAAGGGGAACCAGCCAAACCCUCAAAUAAACGCAAAAGGAAGGCGGCCGAAGCCCCAAAGCCCAAGCUCAAAGCAGUUCGUAGAUCCAAUCGCAUUCCCACCCAACCUAGGGUUUUAAAGCUUGGACCUCCGAAAAUUGUGCUACUCGACGAAUCCGAAGACGAUGAGCCCCCAGCCAAGCACGCACGCAGAUCUGGUCCAACGGUCGAAACCUCCACCACUGCUGAUGAAGAGUCUGCCGCUCCAACAGAGGAGACCACAGAACCAACGGUUUCUUCUCCGGUGGAAUCUCUUGAUACUCUGCUCAAUGAGACCGAAGCAGAGGUGGCAGCAGAGAAUCCGUCUGAUGACGAGACACCUCUUACAGAGGUAUUGACGAGGCUCAAGCGAAAAUCAAUCCGUGAAGGAAAGAUGAAAGCUACCACCUCAGCUGCGCCCACAACACCGGAGGCCACAGAAUCGGAUGAGGAAGACAUGGAAGUGGAGGACGAGGACCCCGAAGGCUCCGACAUGGAGGUUAGCAAAGCUUUCAAGUCCUUCUUCUACACUGCUGAAGCGGCGAAGUCUUGGCAAAACGUCAAGGAAAUGGAUUGCUAUAGUGAGCGAAACAUUGAGCAAGAUUCCUUCAAAAUGUUCAAUCUUGUGGAGUUUUUUAAGGCUCGCCACUUGUUCCAGUCAGUAACCGAGGUGGAGCCCUUUGUGACAUCGGUGGUACAACUUGUCUACAGCAAUCUGACGGCAGAUCUCGGAAAUCCAAGGUCCAAGAAGUAUGGGAAAAUCUUCUACAAGAACAAGAUCUUCACACUGACUCCUUCAGUCAUCAAUGGCGUCCUUGGCACACCUGAUGUGAAGAUCACAGCGGUGAAAAACAUGGACAAAGUCGCCAAGGUCAUCACUGGAGGGAAAGAACAAAAAUGGUUGAAACCAAUGAAGUCUUCCACCUUGUCAUACCUAUACUCUGCUCUGUUCAAAGUCAUGACUCUGAAUUGGAUAGUGUCAACCAACUCUACCGUGGUCACACAACAGCACGGCAUACUUCUCUACUGCAUUGGAGAAGGGUUGCCAUUCAAUCUGGGUCAGGUUAUCUUCGAUCAGAUCGCUGCUUCAUCUCAAUUAUCUGGUUUGCCGUUUCCCUCUUUGAUUUUCAGGGCCCUCCGGAGUCAAGGCGUAAAGGUAAAGGAUUCUGUCAAAAGAGAAGCCGUCCAUGAGUAUGCUCUCACGAGUAUGCUUUUCAGUGAAGGCAAAGUUGCAGAUCUCCCCUGGGUUAAUCCUAUUGCCGCUCCCACUGUUUCAGACACUACCAUGAUAACAAUCCCAAAGGCAACCUUGCAGGCCCUUUUGCAGCAGAUUGAUGAACUGGAGAACAGUCUACUUCAAGCUCGAAGAAUUCAGGGGGAGUCCUCUUCCAUCUUGAAUCAAGCCAAAGGGCAAUUGACAGCCCUCCUUUCUUCCCAAAAAGGGGGAGGUGAUGCUGAUGCUGCUGAUGGAACAGGGGAAUGA